UCUCUUCUCUCCCUCUAUCUCUCUCACACACCAAUGGCCGGAACACGAACCAAACGAAAAUCAACCGCUACUCCCAAAAACACAAGAUCAAAUAAGAAAACUAAAGUAUCAGAAGACAAAAAUCCAGAAGCUUCUUCUUCCGAUGCUGUUGCAGAUCUGGAUGAAGUUCUGACCGUCGUUGAGGAAAAGGUUCCGGCCGUCGUUGUGGAAAAUGCUCCGGCGGCCGUUGAAGAAAAUAUUCCGGCGGCCGUUGAGGAAAAUGCUCUGGCGUCAAGCUCUGCCGGACCAUCUACGGAAGUCAAGGCAGAUGAGGAGGAAGAAGAGAGUAUAUUGAUCGGUGAUCCCGUUCCUGAUGCUGAAGCACGAAAGAAAUGGCCGCAUCGAUAUUUGUCAAGAAAAAAUUCAGUAUGGACCGGAACUAUGGGAAUACCGAAAGGAAACGAGGCUCCGAAAGAAAUCAUUCAAGCAAGACGACACUACACUGAAGCACUUGUUGAUGGACGUGUGCAUUUUAAAUUGGGAGAUGAUGGUUUUGUUUAUGCUGGAGAUAAUGAGGAAAGUUAUAUAUGUAGAAUUAUUGAGUUGUUUGAAGGUGUGGAUGGUGAUCCGUACUUUCGUGCUCAAUGGUUCUAUAGGGCGAAGGACACGAUAAUAGGCGAGUGUUCUGAUCUUAUUGAUGCCAAACGCAUCUUUUUUUCCGAAGUGAAAGAUGAUAAUUCUCUAGGAUGUCUUUUAGAGAAGCUUAGAAUAGUCCGAGUGCCUUUAUAUGCGGAUGUUGAUACUAAAAGGGCGUUGCUUGCAAAUGGAGAUUUCUAUUAUGAUAUGAUGUAUCUAGUUCCAUUUUCUUCUUACCAAAAUUUACCCACUGAUAAUGAGACAGAUGGAGAUGAAUCUGAGUCCACAAUAUCUUCAGAGUGCAAUUCUAAUGCGUCAGUUACUGAGGUUUCCCAGAUUAAAGAGAGCAAGAGAUCUGAAAUGACAUUGCUAGAUCUUUAUUCUGGGUGUGGCGCAAUGUCAACUGGAUUGUGCUUGGGAGCAAAUAUGGCAGCUGUGAAUCUGAUCACUAAAUGGGCUGUAGAUUUUAAUCAACAUGCCUGUGAAAGUUUGAAGUUAAACCACCCGGAAACAGAGGUCCGGAAUGAGCCUGCUGAGGAUUUUUUGCAGCUACUAAAAGUGUGGAAUAGUCUUUGUCGUCGUUUUUCUUUGAUUGGUGGUGAUGAUUUACAGCCUAGUAGCAAUCCUGUGCGUGUUGAGAAUGAUGUUGCUGAUGACGAUGAUGCUCAAGAAGAUGAUGAAGAUGAGGAAGUGUUUGAAGUUGACGAAAUCUUGUCAAUUUGCUAUGGUGACCCUAAGAAAAUUAAGUUACCCGGGCUUUAUUUCAAGAUUCGCUGGAAGGGUUAUGGCCCAGAAGAAGACACAUGGGAGCCUGAAGAUGGCUUGGGUGAUUGUGAGGAGAAGCUGAAGCAGUUUGUUCAAAAAGGCUUUGCAAACAAGAUUUUGCCUGUACCUGGUGGCGUGGAUGUUAUCUGUGGAGGCCCACCUUGUCAAGGCAUAAGUGGUUUCAAUCGAUUCAGAAAUAAAGAAAAACCAUUGGAAGAUGAAAAAAACAAGCAACUACUUGUGUAUAUGGAUAUUGUUGAGUUUUUGAAACCAAGGUUUGCAUUGAUGGAAAAUGUUGUUGAUAUCGUUAAGUUUGCAAAAGGAUAUUUAGGAAGGUAUUCACUUGGUCGAUUAGUAUCAAUGAACUACCAAGCUCGUGUUGGGUUAAUGACAGCUGGUAUGUAUGGGCUUCCUCAGUUCAGAAUGAGGAUGUUUAUGUGGGCUGCUGGACCUGGCGAGAAACUACCACAAUAUCCACUACCUACCCACAAGGUAGUUUCAAGAGGAUCAUCUCCUGUUGAAUUUGAGUCAAAUGCGGUUACUUAUGAUGACCUAAGUGCUGUUGUGUUGGAAAAAGAACUCUUUCUAGAGGACGCAAUAUCUGAUCUCCCCCCUGUUACUAAUUUUGAGGAAAAAGAUGAAAUUCCAUACAGAGAGUUGCCGAAAACUGAGUUUCAAAAGUUCAUAAGGCUUAAAAAACAAGAAAUGCCUGGAUUUUCCGGGACUAUAGGUGUGGAUUCUGCGGAUCAUUUAUUGUAUGAUCAUCUGCCAUACAAAUGCAACGAUGAUGAUUAUCAGCGUGUUUGCCAAAUUCCCAAGAAAAAGGGAGCAAAUUUUAGAGAUUUGGCUGGUGUUCGUGUCAAGAGUGAUAAUCAUGUUGAAUUUGAUCCGAAUGUUGAGAGGGUUCUUCUAGCUUCAGGAAAGCCCUUGGUACCUGAUUAUGCAAUGACAUUUGUUGAUGGGAGAUCGUCUAAACCUUUUGGACGGCUUUGGUGGGACGAAAUUGUACCAACAGUUGUCACUAGGGCAGAGCCUCACAAUCAGGCAAUUCUUCAUCCUGUGCAGGACCGUGUUCUGACUGUUCGUGAAAAUGCUAGGCUUCAAGGUUUUCCUGACUACUACAAGCUUGUUGGUCCUAUUAAAGAAAGAUACAUGCAAGUCGGAAAUGCUGUGGCUGUUCCAGUUGCUAGGGCGUUGGGUUAUUCCCUUGCGAUGUCAUGCAAAGGUAUUGCCGGUGAAGGACCGGUUUUUACAUUACCCAAGAAGUUUCCUAAUCUUGAGACAGCUGCAUCCGUUCCUUUAAUUGAGGAGAAUCAGUAGGUGAUUUUUAUCAAUGAUACAAACAUAUUAUUUAUGCAUUGGGAGAUUUGCAAUGAACACAUUGUCUUCUAUGUCAAUCUUUUGUUAUUUAUUAGUUACAUUUUGCUCAUUAAGGUUGUUGGAUUCUUUUUCUAAUCUAAGCAAAUGUUCGUUUA